AUGGGGCGGCGGGCGCUGCUGGGGGGCCGGGCUCCGCUCCACCUGCUGCUGCUGUGCCACGCGUGGGCGCUGCCGCCGCCGCCGCGGGAGGCGCAGCCGCUGCUGCCCGCCCGCCUGCCCGCGCCGCCGGGGCAGCUGGCCCUGCGGCUGGCCGCCUUCGGCCGCGCCGUCGUCCUCCGCCUCCGCCCCGACGCCGCUUUCCUGGCCCCCCGCCUCCGCCUCCAGCGCCUGGGGGGCCGGCGGCCGCCGGGCCGGAGCCCGCCGCGCCGGGGCUGCUUCUACGCGGGAGCCGUCGAGGGCAGCCCCGAUGCCCCCGCCGUGCUCAGCCGCUGCGGCGGCGGCCUCCGCGCCGCUUUCCUCCUCGACGGGGCGGCGUACGAGCUGCGGCCGCUCGGGCAUCCCUCGCCCGGACCGCCCUGGAGACGCCUGCACCGCCUCCAGCGCCGCGCCGCCCCGCCGGGCGCCCACCCCGCUGCCGCUGCCGCCGGCCCCGGGGAGCCGCUGCGCCGGGCCAAGCGCUUCGUCUCCCAGGCGCGGUACGUGGAGACGCUGCUGGUGGCUGAUGCCUCCAUGGUGCGCUUCUACGGGGAGGACGUGGAGAACCACGUCCUGACCCUGAUGUCCAUGGCGGCUCGCAUCUACAAGCACCCCAGCCUGAAGAACUCCAUCAACCUGGUGGUGGUGAAGAUGCUGGUGGUGGACGAGGCGGCAGCGGGGCCGGAGGUGUCCGACAACGGCGGGCUCACCCUGCGCAACUUCUGUAGCUGGCAGCAAAGGUUCAACCCCCCGAGUGACCGGCACCCAGAGCACUACGACACUGCCAUCCUGCUGACGAGACAGGACUUCUGCGGACACCAAAGCUGCGACACGCUGGGAGUGGCGGAUAUCGGCACCAUGUGCGACCGCAACAAAAGCUGCUCGGUGAUUGAGGACGAGGGCCUGCAGGCAGCCUACACCCUGGCUCACGAACUGGGCCACGUGCUCAGCAUGCCCCACGAUGACUCCAAGACCUGCGAGCGGCUCUUCGGGCCCCUCGGCAAGCACCACAUGAUGGCUCCUCUUUUCAUCCACUUGAACAAAACCCAGCCAUGGUCCCCUUGCAGCGCCAUGUACCUCACCGAGUUCCUGGACGGAGGGCACGGCGACUGCUUGCUCGAUGCUCCGGCCGACCCCCUCUCCCUGCCUGCCGAGCUGCCGGGCCGAGGAUCCCUGUACAGCCUGGACCAGCAAUGCCAGCAGAUCUUCGGCAAGGACUUCCAGCACUGCCCCAACACCACAGAGGAGGACAUCUGCGCCCAGCUCUGGUGCAGGACCGGCAGCGGGGAGCCCCUUUGCCACACCAAGAACGGCAGCUUGCCGUGGGCCGACGGCACCCCCUGCAAAGCCGGCGGGCUGUGCUGGGAUGGCCGCUGCGUGCCGCAGGAUGCCCUGAAGCCCCAGCCAGCGGUGGACGGCGGCUGGGGCCCGUGGAGCCCCUGGGGCUCCUGCUCCCGGACCUGCGGCGGCGGCGUGCAGUUCUCCUACCGCCACUGCGACAGCCCCAAGCCCCAGCACGGCGGCAGGUACUGCGAGGGCCAGCGCGCCAAGUACCAGUCCUGCCGCACCGACGAGUGCCCGCCGGAUGGAAAAAGCUUUCGGGAGCAGCAGUGUGAGAAGUACAACAGCUACAACUUCACGGAUCUGGAAGGGAAUCGCCUGGAGUGGGUCCCCAAGUACGCUGGAGUGUCACCCCGAGACCGAUGCAAGCUCUUUUGCCGAGCCAGAGGGAGGAGCGAAUUUAAAGUCUUUGAGGCCAAAGUGAUCGAUGGGACGCUGUGCGGACCGGAGACCCUCUCCAUCUGCGUCCACGGCCAGUGCAUCAAGGCUGGCUGCGAUCACGUAGUUGGGUCCUCCAAGAAGCUGGACAAGUGCGGCGUGUGCGGUGGCAACGGCUCGACUUGCAGGAAAAUAUCCGGCUCACUCAACCGAUCCAAAUACGGCUACAAUGACAUUGUCACCAUCCCCGCCGGGGCAACCAACAUCGACAUCAAACAGCGCAGCCACCGAGGGGUCCGUCACGACGGGAAUUACCUGGCCCUGAGGACCCUCGAGGGCAAGUACCUGCUGAACGGAGACUUUGCCAUUUCAGCCAUGGAACAGGACAUCCUCAUUAAUGGGACCAUCCUGAAAUACAGCGGCUCCAUGACCACCCUGGAGAGGCUGCAGAGCUUUCGGCAGCUCCCGGAGCCCCUGACCGUCCAGCUGCUGACCAUUGCCAGUGAGGUCUUCCCACCAAAAGUCAAGUACACCUUCUUCAUCCCCAAGGAUGUCCCUUUCAGCAAGCAAAAGGGCAAAGAGAAGAAGUCAGCCAACGUCAUCCGCCCGAUGCUGACUUCCCAGUGGGUCCUGGGCGACUGGUCUGAGUGCUCCAAGACGUGCGGCUCCGGCUGGCAGAGGCGGACCGUGGAUUGCCGGGACGUGGAGGGUCAAACCUCCUCCACCUGCGACAGAGCCCUCAAGCCCGAGGACAUCAAGCCCUGCGGAGACGUCCCCUGCCCGCUCUGGCGCUUGGGUCCCUGGUCCCCCUGCUCCCAAACUUGCGGCGAGGGUGUGCGGACGCGCAACGCCUCUUGCAUCGAUUAUGCCGGUAAAAUCACCACCCCGGAGAAAUGCAGCUCGCCGGGGCCGCCGCCAGCCACUGCCGCCUGCGUGCUGCGGCAGUGCUGA